UAUAUCGCGAGAGGACGUUAGCCAAUGAAAAGGAAGAAUCGAUAGAACCUUCGCCGCCCCUAACAACCGCUGCGAGGCUGAAACCUGCGUGAACCUGAUCGGUAUUCUUGAUCUGCUACUUCCUCCCUUCGUGGGCAUCCCCAAUAGCCCAGAACCAGGACCGUUAACAAUGGAAGGUAAUGGGUCCAUCGACAUGUUCUCAGAGGUCCUAGAGAACCAGUUCCUCCAGGCUGCUAAGCUCGUGGAAAGUCACUUGGACUCUGAAAUUCAGAAACUGGAUCAGAUCGGUGAAGAUGAGUUGGAACUCCUCAAAGAGAAGAGGCUGGCUGCACUCAGGAAGGCCCAGCAGCAGAAACAAGAAUGGCUUUCUAAAGGACAUGGGGAAUACAGAGAAAUUGCCAGUGAGAGAGACUUUUUUCAAGAAGUCAAGGAGAGUGAAAAGGUGGUUUGCCAUUUCUACAGAGACACCACAUUCAGGUGUAAAAUACUAGACAGACAUUUGGCAAUACUGGCCAAAAAACAUCUUGAAACCAAGUUUUUGAAGCUAAAUGUGGAAAAGGCACCAUUCCUCUGUGAAAGACUUCGGAUCAAAGUCAUCCCCACACUAGCCCUCCUGAAAGACGGCAAGACGAAAGACUAUGUUGUUGGAUUCACCGACCUAGGAAAUACAGAUGACUUCACUACAGAAACUUUAGAGUGGAGACUUGGUUGUUCUGAUGUUAUCAACUACAGUGGAAGUUUAAUGGAGCCACCGUUUCAGAGCCAAAAGAAAUUUGGGACAAACUUCACAAAGCUGGAAAAGAAAACUAUCCGAGGAAAGAAAUAUGAUUCUGAUUCUGAUGAUGACUAGACUUGCUGUACUUGUAAACCACCUGUCUGUCUGUCUGCUUACUUCAGAGUUAAAUGUGUUUCUAAAGUCCCUUGAUUUCGGCCCAUUGACCAUCUGAUACUCAGAUCCCAGCGUUUACACUACUUCACCACAUGGAAGGGCAUCAUUAAUUACUAUUUUGUCUGUGGCCAUCAUGUAUAACUUGAGAAACAGAUAUUUUAAGUUACUUGGAAACGGUCUGGAUUCUCUAUUUUUGUGAUUAAUAUUAUCAUAACAUAAUUCUUCUAUCUUUAUACCACUCACAGUUGUGUUUUUAAUCUACUGAAUUAGAAAUAGGAAUUCAGCCACCUAUUCUAGGAUUUAAUGAGUGCUGUCUGUAGAAAAGGUUGAAUGACAUUUACUGGUGUACCACGUGCACGUGUCAGUGACUCCUCACGUCAUUGGUGGAAUGUGUUUCAGGAACCAUUAAAGAUUUACCCAUGUA